AUGUGUUCAUAUCUAUCUAUCUAUCUAUCUAUCUAUCUAUCUAUCUAUCUAUGUUUGUUUGUCUCAGUCUGUUCAUUAUCUAUCUAUCUAUCUAUCUAUCUAUCUAUCUAUCUAUCUAUCUAUCUAUCCUUUCAUGUCUGGGUUUGCUUAUGUAUGUCUAUUUCUUUCUUUCUUUCUUUCUUUCUUUCUUUCUUUCUUUCUUUCUUUCUUUCUAUACCUGUCUAUCUAUCUGGGUUUGCUCAUUCUGUUCAUUUCUAUCUAUCUAUCUAUAUAUCUAUCUAUCAUAAAUUGCAGCGUUCAAAUCUCUUUUCUCUUUCUUUCUCUUUUUCGUUUCUCUUGAUGUUUUUUUCUUCUUUCUUUUUCUUGUUUGAAUGUUUUUCUUACUCUCGGCUGAGUUAUUGUUACUUUAUACUGUUUUUAUUAUCGAUUUCUUCCUUUCUUUCUCUUCAUCGCUUUCACCCUUUCUUUCUCUUUAUAUUUUUCACCUUUUCUAUCUCUUUCUCUUUCCCACCCUUCCUCUCUCUUUAUCUCUUUCACCCUUUCUUUCUCUUUAUCUCUCUCACCCUUCCUCUCUCUUUAUCUCUUUCACCCUUUCUUUCUCUUUAUCUCUUUCAACAUAUCUUUCUCUUUAUCUCCCUUCCAAUUGAUUUCAUUUUAGCUUUCUCUCUCUAUUUCUUUUUCUCUUUCUCUCCCCCCUCUCUCUAUUGA